AUGGCCUCCGUCGCUCGCCCGCCGACCUCUCGCACCAGCCACCGCCGCUCCGCCUCUUCCCGCCACUUCCGCGCAUUGUCUCCGCUCCCAGCGCUGCUCCUCGCCGCGUGCUGUCACCUCGCGCUCUCCCCAGACCGCGGGGUCCUGCCCGUGACGCGUGCGACGCCGCAAGUCCCGUGGGAUAACUUCACCUCGCCGUGCACGCCGCUCCCGGACCCUCCCCCUGCCGGCUUCAAGCUGUGGAGCGAUGCGGCGACAUGGCCGGGAGGAGUGGUGCCGGGCGUGGGGGCAGGCACAGGCGGCAACGCCACUAUCCCGUGCGGAGUGGCCGUGCUGCUCAACGUGCCGUCUGUCGUGCUCUCCACUCUCACCAUUCGAGGCAUGCUCAAAAUCGAGGACACGACAGCACGCCCACUGGUGCAGGUGAACGCGUCGUUUGUGAUCGUGGAGGGGCAGCUGAUCGCAGGCAGCAGCACAAAGCACUUCUCUCAGAAGGUCGUCUUCACGCUCACGCCCAACCCCAACGGCCGCGCGCCCUACCAGUACACCGCCAACGCACCCGCUGACCCCUCCAACCCCCGCAACUUCGGCAACAAGGCCUUCGUCGUGGUGCGUGCCGUGGGAGGGCAGGUGAGCAUGCACGGCAUGCCAGGUGGCUCAUCCACGCCCUCCUGGUGCCGCCUGGCAGCGACAGCGCAGGCGGGCGAUCGGGCCAUCAUGGUGGACCGGGACGUCACCGCAUGGCCCGUGGGGUUUUACGUUGGCCUCGCCUCCACUGACUUCUAUGCCGACCAGAUCGACACAGCCAAGAUCGUUGCUGUGACGGCCAUGCCCGGCGGCAGCAAGUGGAGGGUGGCUCUGAGCGCGCCGCUCUCCUACAGCCACUUCGGAGAGCUCGUUUCCGAUGGGUUCGGUGGCACGAUAGACGAGCGCGGGGAGGUGAUGCUGCUGAAUCGCACAGUGACCAUUCGAGGGGAGGACGAGGCAGCACCGCACAACUGGGAGGGCGGGCACUUCAUGGUGUUCUUCACUCAGACCGCGCAGCUGAUAGAGGGCGUGGAGUUUGCUCAGAUGGGGCAGCAGGGGCAGCUGGGGCGGUAUAAUAUCCACUUUCACCUGUGUGGGAACCAGGCGGGGAAGAGCGUGGUGCGCAAGAACGUGAUCCACGACAGCAAGCAGCGCUGUGUGGUGGUGCACGCGACGUUCAACCUGACGGUGGAGGAGAACGUGGCGUUCAACACGAGAGGGGAUUGCUUCAUGGUGGAGGAGGGCGGCGAGCAGGGCAACUCCUUCAUCAGAAACGUUGGCAUCUGGACGCGCGCAGUGGAGGUGAAGAUAUCAAGCGAGGAGACGGAUGACGAGCCAUCCACGUUUUGGAUCACCAACGCCAACAACAACUACAUUGGGAAUGUCGCUGCCGGCUCAGAAGACACUGGGUGCGUGCCUGGCUGGGUGGCUGGGUGGGUGGGUGGCUGGGGGGCUGGAUGGCUGGGUGGGUGGCUGGGUGGCUGGGUGGCUGGGUGGGUGGCUGGGUGGCUGGCUGGGUGGGUGGGUGGGUGGGUGGGUUUACCAGGGAGCAGAACGAUUGGCAGGCACUCACCUUACUCCCCAUCCCAGCUUCAUCAACUCAGCACCUCUCUCUCCCUUCACCCAACCCCCUGUCUGCUUCACGCCAUCAGCUUCUGGCUCGAGCUAUGGGAGCGAGUGAGAGGGCUGUCUGCUGAAUGGCCGCGGAUCAACACGCUCACCCCCAUCAACUCAAACACCUCUGUCGCCCGCUCCUUUCCCCUCUUUCUACGGGAGCGAGUGCGAGGGCUGUCGGCUGAAUGGCCACAGAUCAACACGCUGAUCCCCUUCAACUACCACCGCGUGGGCACGUUCGCAGGCAACGUGGCGCACUCGUGUGAGGUUGGCUUCCGAGACUACCCCGGGGGGUUCAAACCCCGCUUCAACGCCACCACUCUCGACGAGGCCGAGAGCUAUGUGCUGUGGGUGACUAUCUCAGGCUUCACUCUCUACAAGAACACCUACGCGGGCAGCAUUCAUGCUGCCCUCGCCAUGUCUCAUCUAUCCCCCCCUCCCCAACCUCCCCACCACUGCAGCGCGUUCAUCCACAACACGGACUACGUGGUGUUUGACGGCUUCACAGCAGCGGACAACGUGUGGGGGGUGGAGAUGCAUCAGGUGGAGGGCAUUGUGAUGCGCGAUCUCACGGUGGUGGGGCACACCGCCAACUACGGCAACCCCUUUGAUUGCACCGACCCUGACUCCAAUGGAUGCGCUCCUGUCUCCGGCUGCAAGUUCCCAGUGGCGGAGGGGCAGCAGGGGCGCAGUGUGGGGGAUGGGGGGUGGGAGGAGCCGGUGUACGGGCUGGUGUUCACGCAGAGCCCAUGGUUCACCGAUGGGCUAUUCAACAACGUUGUUGACGGCGCUAGGUUCGCUGGGUUUGACAGCACGUGCAAGCCGUCAGCUGCGGUGGCGGUGGGGGGGGACAUGGGAACGUACUGGAAUGCAGGCAACAACUUCAAGUACGACCAGUCGGAGACGGAGGACCAUGGGGAGGCAGCGGCACAGGUAGCGUUGAGGGACAUGGACGGCAGUAUAGUGGGGUCGGAGCUAGGCAAGGCCUCCGUUGGCGAGAACACAUUCCCUUCUGCUGCCGCUGCUGCCGCUGCUGCUGGCGCUGCUGGCACAGGCGAAGCUGUUGCUGUUGCUGCUGAUGGUUUUGCAAGGCCCAUGGCCAACAACACAGCGCUGCUCCCCCCGCUGACCCCCUCAGGCACGUACGGCUCAUGCAAGCCCAUGCCAGCAGCCAAUGCAUACGCGUGCCCCUCGCCCGCACACUGCUUCCGCACCGUCAACGUCCGCUACUCUGAACCCGCCACGGCAGGCAACACCAACCGCACGCAGGCCCACGGCGUGAUGAGCUUCAUCAAGGUGGUGCGUGCGAGUGACGGCGCACAGCAGACGUUUGAUGGGAACUCAGACCACAUUGAGCUGGAAGAGAAGUGUGCGAGGGAGGAGGGUGGGGAGGAGGCGGAGCGGCUGUUUGGGUUCACAGCGCUAGUGGUGGAGGUGUAUGUGGUGGAGGUGGUGGGGCCGGACGGGAAGGAGGAGUGGCAGCCGCAGGAGGUUGAUGUGUUCUUUGGGGAUGGCGUGGACAAGGAUUUUGCGGGCAGCUGUGGAGGCGCUGUGACUGUGCGCUUCAAGGCGCCUGCUGGGGGGGACACGCAGUGGGCUGUCAGGAUGGCAGAUAACGCUGCUUGGCGCUCUCUCCCUCUCUUUGAGAAAUCCACCCUGCAUCGUCAUCCCUCCCGCCUCAUGCCCCCCUUCUUUUCUGCCUCCCUCCUCUCCCACCUUCCCCCAUCCUCCGGCCCCCACCCUUCUGCUCCUCCCUGCAGCCCCUGUUCCGGCACCACUCAGCGUGCACCUGCGCUGUUCUCAUACGAGUGCGAUGAGAAGUCAGAGCAGCAGCAGGUGCAGGUGGUGCUGUCAGGCGACGUCGACUACUACCUCCCUGCUGCCCUCUAUGUCUCCCAGAACCCCCCUGCACCCUUCUCCACCGUUUCGCACUGUGGCCUCGUGGCACCGAGGGCAGUGUGGCGCUACAACCAGGAGGGGGGCGAGCUACAUCCACGCUACCCCGGCGGUCCAGCCUUUUACAACCCGAACUUCCCGGACUCCUCCUGGCCCUCAGGGCCCGCCCCGCUUGCCUAUGUGGACUACGACUGGAACAUGGUGGGCACGUUUCUAAUGCAGCCAUCAUGGGACGCGCGCACGACAUACUACUUCCGCACGUCCUUCUCUCUCACCAACUCCGCGUGCGUCUCCCACCUGCUGCUGCAAAUGCCGGUGAACGAUGGUGUGAUUGUCUACAUCAACAACCGCGAGGUGCUGCGCCUCAACAUGCCCCAAGGGGACGUCACCAACGCCACCUCCCACACCGCUCUCAACUCGCCCGCCCCAAGCCCACCCUGCUCACACAAUUCCAACCCCUCCUGGCUCUCUCCGUUCCCUUCUCCCCCUCGGCAGGCGUUGUCUGAUAAAGAGGGGAGCAACGACAAUGGAUUCAUCUACACAGAGGCGACAGUGAAGCUGCCAGGGGAGGCAGCAGCACCGGUGCUGGUGGACGGGGUGAACGUGGUGGCAGCAGAGGUGCACAUCAAUCAGGACGACGGAUGGGACAUUGCCUGGGCGCUGCGCCUCUCUGCUCUCCCCACGUAG